AUGUUUCAGUCGUCUAUGAGCUGUUCAUGGUCCGACCGCAAUACGAAAUGGGCUGGUCACGGCUGGGAGACGUUCAUGGGCCUCAGCAGUUGGGAGCACACCCAGGAACUCUCGAUCUUCGCCAUUCGACCAGAUGGAACCGGCUUCCGCAAGGUCAUUGGCAAAGAGGGCUACGCCCUUGGCUCCCCCAGCUGGUCCGCAGACGGCAAGUGCAUUGUCUACUACGAGAUGACGCGCGAAACAACCUGGGACGCGCACAGCUCCUUCGACGUCAACUCGGCCAACUCCUCCAUUGUCUCCGUGGACUUCGCUACCGGCACCGACCGCGUUGUUGAGGCAACACCAGCUCAAUCGGCUACCUCCUCAAAGGCACCACGUAUUACAACACCACUGCCCGCUCCCCUGCCUGGUCCCCAGACGGCAAACGCGUCGUCUACGAAAAGCUGGGAUGCCAACUGGACCUACCGCUUCACCGACGUCUUCCCAACCAUCAACACCGCAGGCCGACUAGCCAUCACCCAAAAACAGCUCGGCGACUCCGCCGUCAUCUCCCUCAACGCUACCGGCACAGACAACGAAACCGUCUUCGACCCUGUAGCAAGGGGAAUCCUCUCGCUCUCCUCCGUUGAACAGGGCACCUCCGGUGCCUUCCAGUCCUCCUGGUCCUCCGACGGAAACUGGCUCACUUACGGCGUCGGCUACUGGUUUGCCGGGCGCGCGUCCAACGGCGGGUGGAUCGUGUGCUCCAAGGCCGACGGCAGCGAAGCAAUGAACCUCACGACCAGCGCGAUCCCACUCUCGGCAGGCGGCAACAAUACCCUGAACACAGGCUUCCCCAGCUUCUUGCCCGAUGGGACAAAGAUUGUCUUCCGCGUUUGGGGCGCCGAUGCAGAAGACGGCGAUACAUCACAGCUGGGUCUCCGCAUUCUACACCUCGACCAGGUAACUGCCAACGGCACAUACCCCGUCACCGUGUUGACGAAUUGGUGGGAUACGCUCCCGUCCUUCUCACCAGAUGGGACAAAGAUCGUGUUUACGCGACGCGUCAGUGGGAGCAACUACGAGGUCUGUACGAUUGCGCCGGACGGCUCGGACCUGCAGGUGUUGACGAGUAGUGAAGCGAACGAUGCGCAUGCGAUCAUGUACUCGACGGGCGAGUAUGGGUUUCAGUCGGAGUGUGCGCUGUACGAUAAUACAUUCCAACCGUAUGGCCAGAUCAACAUUAUGGAUGCGGAUGGGGGGAAUAAGCGGGCGUUGACAAAUUCCUUGUGGGAGGAUUCGAUGCCGGCUUAUGUUCCGGGGGAAUUCCUUUAG